CAGCGUUACUGAUAUGAACACCGGCACAGCUCUGAAAGAACCGCUGGUGCAGACCAUAUACGGUUCAACAUACUCGUACGAUGGGGACCCUCGGCGUAUUGAAUUAGGUGCGUUUGAGUUUGGAUCGAGCGCCCUGGAGUGCUUUUUCGUUGUUGCCAAGGCUUAUCUGGCCGCAGAAUACGGACUGGUCACGCGUGUGCGUUAUGGCGGCGGUAGUGGUGCGGUGGGGAGGUUUUUACUAGAAAAUGUUUCUUGGGAUGCCGAUACGCGCCGAUUAAGCGCGACACACACGUGGGAGAAUAUGACCGCAAAUGCCAAAGAUGAGGAAAAUGCCACAGAUAUAAGUCCACCACAGACAGUGUGGGAGUUCGAUGUUGUUUUCGCCAUGGGGCUGGAGACGACCGAAUGCGCACACAUCACAUCUCAUGUAUGCGAUGGUACCAGUGGGGACGAUGCUGUGGAUAGGAGCGAGCAGAACACAACACACACCAGCAGCUCACACACACACACACACAGAGACACAGACAGAAUACACUCUAGCACCACAGAAACCGACACCAACCAAGUACUUCCUGAAAGGGCACAUACACACACACACACUGUGGUAGGUGGAAAGGGCAGGUGUAGGGGGCGCUGCAGGGGACGUGCGCGUGCGACGGCACUUCAUCUGGACCACUUAUAUCGGUUGAGAGACCCGCCUAGCACCAUCUGGGGGUGUGUGUAUGGGCAAUUCGACACUAUCGGGAUGGCCUCCUAUCAUUUCGAUCAUCCAGGUGCUGAGGGCAGUUAUAUCUCGUAUGAAGAAGCACCGGCUGCUUGGCAAUUGGAUGAUGGCAGCAGACCACCCCACAGAAAGCUAUUUUUAGAUCCGGUGUAUGACUCUGACAGGAAAGUCUUCACCGCAACGGUUGAAUGGGAUACCGGAUUCAAUGGAGACACCAAAUGGGAAUACACCAUUGCGUUUGCCGAUGACUUUCGCACUGUGGUAGCGGGUGCGGUGGAGAGAUAUGGACUCGACGGUAAACUGAUAGGCGAGACACUGUUCAAUCAGCAACUGUACUACAGGCUGUGCUACGACGAGAUGUGAGAGAAGUGUAUUGUAUUGUAUUGCAUGUGCGAAUAAUGUGUUAAUGAAGCCCAUUCCAACUAAAGACUGCUAUACGAACUGCGCUAUGAGGUGAAGUGGGAGGAUUAGUUUGUAUUGUAUGUGCAAAUGAAGCCCAUUCCAACUGAAGACAGCUACGCGAACUGAUCUAUGAGGAGAUGUGAGAGGAUUAUAUCGCAUUGCAUGUGCGAAUAAUGUGCAAAUGAAGCACAUUCCAACUGAAGAAAAUGAAGCACAUUCCAACUGAAGACUGCUUUACUAACUGUGCUAUGAGAUAGGUUUGUUUCUAUUUACUACAAAUACAAAUAAAGGACACUUCAGUCUGUAACUGUUCUGCCUCACCUGCUAUGACUAGACAGCAGGUGAUCCGUAUGG